CUUCAGUUCACUUGUUAUUCACAGUGAAAACUUGCUUGAACUUCAUUGCACCAAAAAAAAGAAGAUAUACUUGUAGCUAGUCAAUUCUCUUUUGAGAAACAGACCCUACUUACCGAAUUGCUUUGCAGCUGAUAACUGAUUCAAUAAUAUUGGCAAUGGAAUUGCAAGAAGCUUUCAUCGUCACAGCAAGUUGUCUAGGCUUCAUCUCUGUUUGUAAAGCUUUGGUCAAUUUUUUGAGAUGGGUGUGGGUCAUGUUUCUGAGAUCCCCCAAGAAUCUCAAGGAGUAUGGAUCUUGGGCAAUCAUCACUGGCUCCACUGAUGGAAUUGGCAAAGCCCUUGCCUUUGAACUGGCUUCGAAGGGUCUCAACAUCGUCUUGGUUGGUCGAAACCCUUUGAAGCUCGAAGCUACCUCCAAUGAAAUCCGCGAGAAAUACAGUCAUAAACAAGUGGAAAUUAAGAGCAUUGUCGUCGACUUGUCCAAAGCUAGUGGGAAGGAAAUAGCUAGGACCAUAAAGGAAGGAAUCAAAGGUCUUGAUGUUGGCAUUUUGAUUAAUAAUGCAGGGAUGUCUUACCCUUUUGCAAGGUUCUUUCAUGAGGUUGAUUCGGAGCUGAUGGAGAACAUGUUAAAGGUGAACAUGGAAGCCCCAACUUGGGUGACUAGGGCAGUGCUUCCAGGAAUGCUCAAGAAGAAGAAAGGAGCAAUUGUCAAUAUCGGCUCUGCUUCCUCCAAGCACCCUUCUCUGCCCCUCUACACACUAUAUGCUGCUACCAAAUUGUACAUUAAAAUUUUCGCAAGAUGCAUUAAUUUGGAAUACAAGCAGCAUGGAAUUGAUAUUCAGUGUCAGGUGCCUCAUUUCGUGGCGACGAAGAUGACAGAGGAUUUGAAGAAGUCGGUUCCCUUGGUAGUGGCAACACUGGAGAGAUUCACGAAAGCAAGCAUUCGAUGUAUUGGUUAUGAGCAUCUAUGUAAUCCCUACUGGUUGCAUUCAGUGGAGUGGUCCAUAGUACAUGCAGCUCCUGAUGCAUUAGUUAAUGCCAUCACGUUUUGGAUCUGCAGAGGGAUCAGAAAGAGCGGCCAAAUGAAGGAGUGCGUCACAGUAAAAAGAUGCAGUAAUUAACCAGAAAAUGUACUGUGAGAUGCAUGUAUAAGUAUUUGAUCGAUCAUGUUGUGCUCAGGACCUCUCUGAGGUUGUAUUAGUAUUUGGAACUUUUCACUGUCUAUUCCAGCCUACAAAAGGGUUGUCUUUGAUUUGAUCAUUUGGCCAGUGCUAUUAUUGAGGAAAUGAGUACCUUAUAUUCCUCCAAAGUUUCCCAUAUGUUAUUAUUUAUUAUUCCUGUAAUUCAUUAGUUUCAAGUACAAGGUGAUGGAAAAAGGUGAGAGAAAGUAAAUCUUCCUA